UCAUGUUGACUAGGCCUUGUUAGCAAUCCUAAAAUGGCUGUACCCCAAGACAACAUCCCUUCCCUGUCGGAGUGCCGGCGCGGGAUCUGCGUGGACAUCCUGAUCAAGCCCAUGACCCUGCCUUGCAACCACACGCUCUGUAAUCCAUGCUUCCAGUCCACUGUCGAAAAGAUGAAUUUAUGCUGUCCCUUCUGUCGCCACCGGGUCUCCUCGUGGGCUCGCUACCAUACCCGAAGAAAGACUCUUGUCAAUGUGGAACUGUGGGAGAUGAUUCAGAAACACUACCCGAGGGAAUGCAAGCUCAGAGCUUCGGGGCAAGAAUCAGGGGAUCUCGUUGAAGACUAUCAGCCAAUUCGUCUGAUAAGUAAGCCUGGGGAAUUGAGAUGAGAAUAUGAAGAGGAGAUAAGCAAGGUGGAAGCAGAGCGACGGCGAGCCAGUGAGGAAGAAGAAAACAAAGCCAGUGAGGAAUACAUACAGAAAUUACUGGCUAAGGAGGAAGAAGAAGAAAAGAGACAAGCAGAAAAAAGGCGAAGUGAGAUGGAAGAACAACUGAAAAACGACGAGAAACUGGCAAGACGGCUAAGCAUUGAUAUUAACAAUUUCUCUGAGGGAGAUAUCUUGGCUUCUCCCUUGAAUUCCAGAAAAUCUGAUCCAGUAACAACCAAGUCACAAAAGAAAAAUAAGAAUAAACAAAGAAACACUGGAGAUAUUUAGAAGUACUUGUCGCCUAAGUCUCGGUUUGAGUCAGCAUCACCGUCUGAGGUUGUAGAAGUCAGGAAAAGCUCCGUAUCUGAGGCAACUGAUAGUAGUGAUGUGAAAAACCCUACAUGGCAAGACACAGACAGUGAAGAUAUGCCAACGCUUUCUUCGCAGAUAUACCUUGAAAUUCAAGAACAAGGAGCAAAGUCUUCAGUGGAGUCGCCUAUGCCUUGGUUAUGUGCCUAUGAUACAGAAGGGUGCCUUGAAAGAGAAGUCAGAGCAGAACCAAACAAUCAUGAUAAAGAAUCACGGAUCCUAAGUCACGAGGGACCUAAGCCUGCAGCUGCUGACACUAGAGAAGCCGAGGUGAAGCCUGGCGGCCAUGUAGACAAUGAAUGCACACCAUCAGUUGUAGAGUCCUGCCUCAAAGACCAGCACUCUCCAUCGGAAACAGCCAGCGAUCCAUGCCUUUGUGCCAAAAGAAGGAAAAUACUUCCCACACCUUCCACAGAGCAAGAAGAAACGGAACUAACCUUUACCCAGAAACUGGUAGAUUUGGAGCGUCUACUUUUUGAGAGACACAAACAGGAAGAACAAGAUAGGAUAUUAGCAUUAGAACUACAGAAAGAGGUGGAUAGAGAACAAAUGAAACCAAAUAGGCAAAAGGGAUCCCCGGGUGAAUAUCAUCUGCGAGCUACGUCCUCACCUCCAGACAAACUGCUAAACGGACAGGGAAGGAAUCUGAGAGAUAGGAACAGCAACAGACAGACUGAUAGAGAGCAUUCAAGGCUGCGGAGAGGCUCCAGGUCUGAAAACUGGCAGCCCUCUUUGAAGAUCCAAUUGAAGAAUUCAGUUGUUAAUGGAAGAAAGAUGAGAAAUUCUACCAGAGAUAAUUGUAAUGUAUCUAAAAGUGCUCCUAGUAAUUCACAGAAAAGUAUUUUCCAAAUGUUUCAGAGAUGUACCAAAUAAUGCAUAGUUAACCUGGAUUGUGAAUUUCUCUUCUAUCCCAGAAUCUGUAAAUGUCAUCAAUUUCUGCUCUGUAGGCACACUCAUUAUCUUUAAAGGACUGUGGGU